AGCAAUCACUUUGAGGAAGUUUCUCUGUGCAGUGCUCAUGACUUGGACGACGUCAGACAUUUGUUAAAAGAAUGGUUGGCAGCAGGCUCAGGUGAGGCUCUCAAUUUGCACACAGGGCUCAUUUGAAGACACAGAAGUACUCCAGCCACUCCCUUCUUGGCUCAUUUUUCGUUGAUGUGGUUGCUAUUUUAAAGGGGGUUAGGGCCAAACAGAAUUUUUGGUGCUCAAGUUAUUUGUCAUGAUUAUUGAUUCACAAUUUUUUUAAAAUUAAUUGUCAUUUCUUUAAUUAUUGUUAUAGACAUCUUUGGAAACAAUAAUAAAUGCCAUUUAUCUUUAAUAAUAAAAAAAUAUAUAUAUAUAAAUUUUUAUUCAGCUUUAUUGAAAGAAAUUACAGACAUUUAUUAAGCUGAAAGUAAAAGCUGAACUAUUAUUUACUUUAUGUCAGAGCCGCAACCCGAGGAUGUGCAGUUAGUAAGUGAUUACUUCAUCAGACUUGUAGAAAGUGAAAACUUGGAACAAGCCUACUGUCUUUUAAAAUUUGUUAAGAGGUAAGUAGACCUACAGUUCAUUUAUUUUUAAAAAGUUCCACAUUCUUUUUUUAAAAUAGCAUUUUUUAAAUUUUUUGUAAUUGAAUUGAUUUGAAAUUUUUAUUAAACAUAAUUUUAAACAAAUCUUAAUGAUCAUUAUGUUUUAGUUUAAUAAUUAAUUUUUUUUAAUCAUCUCAUCUGCUUUUUGUCUAGGAAAGAAGCAAAUCUGAAAAAUUCCAAGUGGCUUGAUUGUUUGAGAAAUCUGAG